AUGUCUGCAUCUAGCAAAUUUGAUCUUUCUUCUGGUAGCCCAGAUAGGCCAUUAUAUGCAUCUGGGAAUCGUGGAUCCUAUGGUACUCCUUCAAUGGACAGAUCAGGUAGCUUCCGUGAAAACACAGAGAAUCCUCUUUUAUCGAGUCUGCCGAACAUGACGCGGACCAGUUCUUCUGUAACUCAAGGGGAUGUACUCAACUUCUUCCAAUGUGUGCGUAUCGAUCCAAAAUCUAUGGUGGUAGAGCAUAAGUUGAAUCGGCCAGCAGAAUUCAAACGAAUUGCAAGUGCUGCAGUUGGCAUUCCACUGGAAGAUUCUCUACCUGCAUCUGCAAAAGGAAAACAGCUGUCCACCCCCUCACUAGAGGAUCUCAGGAGACUUAAAUCUGGAGUGCGGGAAAGUGGUACUAAAGCUAGGGAACGUGUGAAGAUAUUUAAUGACUGUUUAUCAGUAAUUAACAAGUGUUUCCCGGCUAUUCCAUCGAGGAAAAGAUCCCGACUUGAUGCCUUGUCCAAUGAUCGAUCAAAUACCUUGUUGUCAAUUGAUCGGUCGUCAUCCGGAAUGGGCAUGGGGAAAACAGCCUCUCAGAAUCAUGCAAGUACAAGUGGUUUUGAGCUGGAGCAACAGAGACCUGAAGAAAGGACCAAGGGUGCUAUUCCAAGCAAGCGUACUAGAACUUCUAUGGCUGACGCAAGGAUGGACAUACGUGCAAAUAAUCCUUCAAGGCCAUCUGGAAGUGUGGAUAAAGACAGGGAACUAGUAAGAUUCUCUAAUGUUAGCGCAGCUCAGGGUGACGAUCGGUCUUUAUCAGUGGCCGUUGAUGGUUGGGAGAAUUCAAAAAUGAAGAAAAAGCGAACUGGUAUAAAGCUAGAUGCUGCUGGUAGUUCGAUGAUGGCAAAACCAGUUGAUGGCUACAGAGAACCUAAACAAGGAAUGCAUCUGCGGCUUACCACUGAACCGCGUUCGAGGUCGAUCGAUGCCCAUGGCUUCAGAUCUGGCUCUAUAAAUGGAGGUCAGGGAGUAGGAAAAGCUGAAGCCACUCUGCAAACUGGCUUAGGCAUGCGGACACCCACAUCGAGGACUGACUCCGAUAACACAUCCCUUCUCCAUGAGAGGAGAGAACGUCCAAUUGGUCAAGAGAAAGAAAGAGUGAACCUGAAAGUGGCAAAUAAGGCGAAUUCUCGGGAAGAUUUAAGUUCAGGCAGCCCUACUUCAGGCUCAAAGUUGAACGCAAAUGUUCGUGCCCCCCGUUCAGGCUCAGUUGGUGGUGCGUCAAAGUUGUCUCACGUGGUGCAGCGAUCUAAUGAUUGGGAAUUUUCUAAUUGCAUUAACAAAAUUUCUGGUGGCCUUGGAGUUAACAGCCGCAAACGGACUCCUUCUGCACGGUCUUCUUCUCCUGUUGCUAACUGGGCUCAAAGGCCUCAAAAGAUUUCUAGAACUGCCAGAAGAACUAAUCUGUUGCCGACUGUUCCUGGGCAUGAUGAGAAUCCCAUUUUAGAUGCCACAUCCGACAUGAUGGCUGAAAGACGUUUUCCUGCCAGUUCUCCUCAGCAAAUCAAAAUAAAGAGCGAUAAUUUUUCUCCAGCUGCAUUAUCUGAGAGUGAGGAGUCAGGUGUUGCUGAAAUCAAGUCUAGAGAAAAGACUAAGAGUUGUGAUGAGAUAGAUGAAAAAAGUGGUCAGAAUGUCCAGAAAAUGUCAACACUGCUGCUACCCCCAAGAAAAAAUAAGACAGUAAAUGGAUAUGACCAUGGAGAUGGUAUAAGGAAGCAGGGUCGAACUGGUCGAGGAUAUACUUCAUCCAGAUCCCUCUUACCGUCAUCAGUCGAAAAGCAUGGGAACGUGGGGGCAACUAAACAAAUUAGAAGUUCUAGAAUUGUCCCUGACAAGAGUGAAAGCAGACUGGGUCGUCCACCUACUAGAAAACUCUCUGAUAGGAAGCCUUACACACGACAAAAACAUAUCACUGUCAAUGCUGGAGCAGAUUUUCUCGUUGGUUCUGAUGAUGGUCUUGAAGAGCUCUUGGCUGCCGCAAAUGCGGUUACAGACACUGCUCAAGCCCUCUCUAGCCCGUUCUGGAAGAUGAUGGAGCCUCUAUUUCGAUUUAUAUCUGAUGUGGACUUAUCCUAUUUGAAAAAUCAGGUUAAUCCUGGUUUAGCUCUGGAUACACCUGCUCUUGCCCAUCACGAUGCCGGUAGUAGCACUUUACUACCUAAUGGCUGCAGAUCAAAUGUUUUUGGCAGAGAGGAAACUGAAGGAAGAAGUGUGGAACUUAGUGCAGAACAUUCAGCAUUAGGAGCAAAGUCACCAAAUGAGAUUCCCCUGUAUCAGAGGCUAAUCGCAGCUUUGAUUCCUGAAGAAGGAAAUGAGGCCCCUUUUGGAAAAGAUAACCUAAGAUAUGAUGUUUAUGGUUCUCGCUCUGAAAUGGAAAAGGAUAUAGAAUCUGAUACAUUGUGCUCUCAGAUCUCACUGAUCCCUUCGGGAUAUCCUAUGCCAAAUAGUUAUGAUGUAAAUGCUAAUGGGAGAUCAUUUUAUGAGCUAGAGUGCAGUACUGUGUCUACUCCUGACACAGGGAUUCCCAGCUAUGAUCAUGUGCAAACUCGUUUACAUACAGAACAGUCAAUGACUGGCACGAUUUGUUCUGAUCAUCAAUAUUUUAAUUUGCCAAUAAAUGAAAGACUUCUCUUAGAGGUUCACAACAUAGGAAUCUACCCAGAUCUAGUGAGUGGAGAUGAGGAAAUAAGUGGAGAUAUCAAUAGUUUGGACGAGAAAUACCAGGAACAGGUUUCAAGGAAGAAAAGCUUCCUCGGUAAACUUCUGAGUUCUGCUUCUGAAGCUAAAGAGCUGCAGGAAAAGGAAUUUGAAGUGCUUGCUCUUGAUAAACUUGUUGGAAUGGCCUUUGAAAAAUACAUGAGUUGCUUGGGUCCUAACAGUCAGGGUACGAAGAAUAACAGUAGUAAAAUUGCCAAACAACAAACUGCCUUGGCUUUUGUUAAGCGAUCAUUGGAGCGUUACCAGGAAUUUGAGGCUACAGGAAAAAGUUGCUUUGAUGAUCCUUUGUACAGGGACAUGUUCCUCUCUGGAGUCUCGCGCCUUGUUGAUCGACAGCCUCUGAAUUCCAGCACAGACAACGAAUGUAACAAACUCAAUUUCGGCAUCUCUGGCUGCUCUAUGGAAGUUAAAACUCCAGCUCAUCUGGGCGCACAGCAGGGCCCCAGGUCAAACAAUCAAGAUACAUAUUCAUUUGAAGCCUUCCCAUCUGCAAACCUGGGCUCUGAACAAAUUACUGGUACUGAAGACAGUUGGUCAAACAAAGUGAAAAGAAGGGAAUUGAUGCUCGAUGAUGUUGGUGGAACGAGUGGCAGAGUCCCAGUUCUGCAGCCAGGACUUGAUGGUUCCUUUUCAUGCAGCGCCAAAGGAAAAAGGAGUGAGAGGGACAGAGAAGGAAAGGGAAACAGUUCCACUGGUAAAGUUGGCCGCCCGGCUAACUCUGCUAAAGGAGAGAGAAAGUCCAAGGCAAAACCUAAGCAGAAAACAACUCAUUUGUCUGCUUCGGUCAACGGAUCUUUAGGUAAAAUGACUGAACAGGCAAAAGGAGUGUUCUCACCAUCUCUCACCUCGAAUGAGGUUGGCGGGCAUGAAAAUACGAACAAUAACAUUGACUAUAACUCAGAGAUGUUGGAAGAGCCCAUUGAUUUAUCAGGCCUGCAACUCCCUGAGAUGGAUGAUAUAGGUCAUCCUGAUGAUCUAGGCGGUCAAGGAGAAGAUAUAGGGUCGUGGUUGAAUAUCGAGGAUGAUGGAUUGCAUGAUCAUGAUUUUAUGGGUGGCCUUGGAAUCCCAAUGGAUGACCUGUCGGACUUAAAUAUGAUGGUUUGA